GUGCCCCGGAAGUCAAGACGCCCCGCCCCGGGAUCGGUGGCUCCGCGCCGCGCUGGCGCAGGCGUCGCUGCCGCCGGCGCAGGCGCCACUGCCUCGGGUAACUCCCAGGCUCCGCGCCUGCGCACUGCCGUCCGCCACGCCCCGCAACCUGGGUCCAAGGGGGAGACAUGAUGCUGUCGGAGCUAGCGGCGCGCCUCAACUGCGCCGAGUACAAGAACUGGGUGAAGGCGGGCCACUGCCUGUUACUGCUGCGUAGCUGCUUGCAGGGUUUCGUCGGCCGCGAGGUGCUCUCCUUCCACCGCGGCCUACUCGCCGCAGCUCCCGGCCUGGGGCCCCGCGCCGUCUGCCGUGGCGGCUCACGGUGCAGCCCGCGCGCCCGCCAGUUUCAGCCUCAAUGUCAGGUGUGCGCUGAAUGGAAACGGGAGAUUUUGAGACAUCACGUCAACAGAAAUGGAGAUGUGCACUGGGGAAACUGCCGGCCAGGCCGCUGGCCCGUGGACGCCUGGGAGGUGGCCAAGGCCUUCAUGCCCCGAGGACUAGCAGACAAACGAGGACCUGAGGAAUGUGAUGCGGUUGCUCUUUUAAGUCUCAUCAACUCCUGCGAUCACUUCGUGGUUGAUCGAAAGAAAGUCACAGAGGUAAUUAAAUGUCGUAAUGAGAUCAUGCACUCUUCAGAGAUGAAAGUAUCUUCUACGUGGCUUCGAGAUUUUCAGAUGAAGAUCCAAAAUUUUCUGAAUGAAUUCAAGAACAUCCCAGAGAUUGUGGCAGUAUACUCCAGAAUAGAACAGCUGUUGACGUCUGACUGGGCUGUUCACAUCCCCGAGGAAGAUCAGCGAGAUGGGUGUGAUUGUGAAAUGGGAACUUACCUGACUGAGAGCCAAGUCAAUGAAAUAGAAAUGCAGUUACUAAAGGAGAAACUUCAAGAGAUAUAUCUUCAAGCAGAAGAACAAGAGGUGUUGCCUGAAGAGCUCUCAAAUCGACUAGAAGUGGUGAAGGAAUUUCUGAGAAACAAUGAAGAUCUUAGAAAUGGCCUUACAGAAGAUAUGCAGAAGCUAAACAGCCUCUGUCUACAUCAAAAACUGGAUUCACAGGAACCUGGGAGACAAACACCUGACAGGAAGGCCUGAGGUUGCCCGUCAACAAAAUCAGGCAUGUUCUGUGAAAGUCAGCAUGGCUUCCAUCUCAGACAUCCUUUUCUGUGCAAAAGGAAAAAGUUACCAGAGUAUUGUACCCAAACAAAAAGGAAUUUUUGUUGUUUUGUCCUGGACUUUCCUCUAACUCUUUGGAACUAUUUUAAUAUUUAUAAACUUGGGGUUGUAUAAUCUAUUGCAAUCAAAAAUAUUAGAUACUCUAUGCCAAAACUUGCUACCAGGCCAGGCGUGAUGGCUCACACCUGUAAUCCCCAGCACUUUGGGAGGCCGAGGCAGGUGGAUCACCUGAGGUCAGGAGUUCGAGACCAGCCUGGCCAACAUGGCGAAACCCCGUCUCUACUAAAAAAAAAAAUAACAAAUUAGCCGGGCGUGGUGGCAUGUGCCUGUAAUCCCAGCUACCCGGGAGGCUGAGGCAGGAGAAUCGCUUGAACCUGGGAGGCAGAGGUUGCAGUGAGCUGAGACCAUGCCACUGUACUCCAGCCUGGGCAAUAGAGCGAGAUUCUGUCUCCCAAAAAAACAAAAAACAACAAUAAAACUUCCUACCAUCCAGGGAUUUUUUGCCAUUUAAAAGGUGAAUUUCUUUUCUGGUCCUAAACUGUAGCUGCUUAACUUAGUAAAGGCUGUGUUUGGCCAGGCCUGUGCCAGAGGCUCACCUGGAGUGCUCCACCCACUGGCAGGCAAGUCCUAUUCCUGUUCACCCAGGAUGUCCAAGGCUGGGCUGGGAUAUAAAUGUUGGGAUAGGAAAGAAGUAUUUCCUUUUUAGAGGAAAGCAAGAAGAAACAUUGCCUGAAAGGUGAUUCUCUAGUCAUUUCCAAUUAGUACAGAAAUGUUACUGCCUCUGGGUGCAGUGGUUCACGCCUGUAAUCACAGCGCCGUGGGCGGAUCACUUGAGCCCAGGAGUUUGAGACCAACUUGGGCAAGAUGGCGAGACCCCAUCUCUACAAAAAAUUUAAAAAUUACCUGGGCAUGGUGGCACACACCUUUAGUCUCAGCUACUCAGGUGGCUGAGAUGGGAGGAUCCCUUGAGCCCAGGUGGUCAAGGGUGUGGUGAGCUAUGAUCAUGUCACUGCACUCUAGCUUGGGUAACAGGACAAGACGCUGUCUCAAAAAAAAAAAACCCCUAAAAACUGUUACUACUAGGUUGGAGUAGCCUAAGGCAGUAGGGCAAGGAGGUGGGCCCAGGCUGGUCUGUGGGGAGCUGGAGAAUGAUGACUCGAGUGACCAGUGGACAGGCAGGACCCAGGCCAGCAUUACAAGUGGGGAUGUCAGGCAGGAGCAGGGGAGCUUCUCACUUGGCAGCUGGUUUAUGGUACACUUUUGAAAAGUAAGCUCCCGGGGCCUGGCCCUCACAUGCUCAGUGAAUAUUUGACUGAAGGGUCCCCUCAUAGCUUGGGAGUAUUCACAGGCCUAAAUGUUAGUUAUACUAUUAACUAAGCCUGGUCCUUCGUUACAAAAUUUAAAACUGAAAUUGCAACAUUCUUGUGGAAAUUCAAAGACAUCAUUUUCUUUUUUUUUUUUUUUUUUGAGACGGAGUCUCGCUCUGUCGCCUAGGCUGGAGUGCAGUGGCGCAAUCUCGGCUCACUGCAAGCUCCGCCUCCCAGGUUCACGCCAUUCUCCUGCCUCAGCCUCCCAAGUAGCUGGGACUACAGGCGCCCGCCACUACGCCCGGCUAAUUUUUCUGUAUUUUUAGUAGAGACGGGGUUUCACCUGUUAGCCAGGAUGGUCUCGAUCUCCUGACCUCGUGAUCCGCCUGCCUCGGCCUCCCAAAGUGCUGGGAUUACAGGCGUGAGCCACCGCGCCCGGCAGAUCAUUUUCUUUCAACAAAUUCACACAUUCGUUCAUGCUUCUUCUAUACCUUUUACCCCUAAAGUCAUCCACUCCUGACUUCCUCCUGCUGGUUUCCCAAACUGCGCAAUGACUGCCCCAUCAUAGGCAGUGGUCCGUGGAGUCGGCCUCACUUUCACCUUUCCCCGCAUCUACUUGUUUCCAAGGCCAGUGGUACUUAACUGGGUCAAGUUGCCUGUGCACCUUCAGGAACAGAAUUGCCAUGUUCCUCGCUGCCAGCAGGAAAGGCUGCAUUCCAAGCCCAGUGAAGAUGUGUGCCUGUCCAGCCGCCCACCAAGGAUGUCAUCUGUAGAAUGGGUGGAGGGCAGGGGUUUAUUUGGUGUAUAUUUUUACAUUCAAAUGCACUUAAUAUCACUCUGUAAAGCCCAGAUGAAUGCAAAUGUGCCUGUAACUUCCUCCUUUAAUCUGUCCAGGUAAUAUCUAGUCUUUAGUCUUACAUUUUCUUUCUCCCUUUGUUUCAUGAAAUUCCUUGAGAAAACUUCAACAGUAAAGAAAGAAAUUUCGUUCAUCUCACAACUCUUCCAAACGAAGAAACUUAGUGAAAUAUUUCCGAGCUUCUAGAUGUGAGGUACAAAACUUGGGAUCAGUGGGAUCAAAUGGAAUCUUGAUUCACUAACCAAUUUAAGAUCUGACUUCUAAUUUUAGGAACUUUGGGUUAUGAACACUUCCAUUUUAUACCUGUGUCUAGUUAGUUUCUGCCUAUCUAUCCAAGAAGCUUUUAUCAAGGGUCCACCAUGUGCCAGCCACUGAAGUAGAUAUAAAUACAAGGAUGUAUAAGGUAUGGAUGAUGGUAUACGAGUUGUCAUCUUACUGGAUUUGUCCGCUCUGAUAAAGAUACGGUUCCGAAAACUUUUUAAAGCCCUAGAGAGGGCUUUAAGGCAAUGUAGCAUCAUAUAUAGAGACAUCAACCUGUUCAUAUAUUUCUAUUUAACAGAACUGUGCACCUGGGCACAAGGGUGUGCACAACAGGAUGUGUACAGCAGCACUGUUCAAGUGUAGUACAUCCAUACUACAGGAUCUUACGCAACUGUUGGAAAGAAUGAAGCAAUGCUGCACUGUGGUCAUGCAGUGAUCUCUAAGACAUAUUAACUAGAAAAGCAAAAGGUUAAACAAUGCAUAGCAGCUGGGCGCGGUGACUCACGCCUGUAAUCCCAGCACUUUGGGAGGCUGAGUAGGGCAGAUCACCUGAGGUCAAGAGUUUGAGACCAAUCUGGCCAUUGUGGCGAAACCCUGUCUCUACUAAAACUACAAAAAUUAGCCGGGCGUGGUGGCACAUGCCUGUAAUCCCAGCUACUCGGCAGGCUGAGGCAGGAGAAUCGCUUGAACUGGGGAGGUGGAGGUUGCAGUGAGCUGAGAUCACACCACUGCAUUCCAGCCUGGGUGACAGAGGGAGACUCCGUCUCUUAAAAAACAACCAAAAAAAAAAAAAAAAAAAUGCAUAGCAAGCUGUAAUGCUCUUUGUGUUUUAGAAUAGUAGAGGUCUGGAAAGUUGUUUGCUUUUCCCCAGUUUUUUUUGCUGUGUUACCUCUGAAGGGAAUUGAGGUAGAGGGGAGAGUUAGAAGGAAUAUUUGGCUUUUCUAUUUUAUAUCCUCCUGGGUGAAAUUUUUACAACAGACAUGUACUGGUGUAUUUUGAAAUGUUUUUAAAUUUUUGUAUUUCAAAAUAAUAAAAUAUAAAUUCAAACUGCAA